AUGAGCCAAACCCGAAAACCAAUCGCCAUAUGCGGCCUUGCAUUGAGGCUUCCGGGCAAUGUCAACAGCGCAGAGAAGUUGUGGGAAGCACUUCGAGACGGCCGAGAUAUGCGUGGCCCAGUCCCAAAGAGCAGAUAUAACAACGAAGGCUUUGGCGAUGCAUUGGGUGAAAAGGGUGCUAUAAAAUCUCAGCACGGGUAUUUUCUAGAGGAAGACCCCGGAUGCUUCGAUACAUCUAUGUUUUCUCUGACAGAAGAAGAAGCACAGAGAACAGAUCCUCAGCAGCGACUUCUUCUGGAAAUAGCAUAUGAAUGCUUUGAAAACUCGGGCCUUACCAAAUACCGAGGGUCUACGACUGGAACCUACAUUGGAACCUUUGGUGAAGAUUGGCUGUACUCGCAAGCGAAAGAAGAUCAACACAGCGGUGGCUACAUUCUGGGUGGCCAAGCUGACUUGAUGCUGGCGAACAGAGUCUCAUAUGAGUACGACCUCCAUGGACCCAGCAUGGUCAUCAAAACAGGUUGCUCGGCCACCCUAGUUGCUCUUCAUGAAGCAUGCAGAGCACUCCAGCUUGGUGAUUGUUCCGGUGCCCUCGUUGCAGGAUCAAACCUCAUUCUCGGACCAACUUUAACAGCUGCCAUGGCCUCGGAAGGAAUUCUUUCCCCGGAAGGAUCAUGCAAAAGCUUUUCGGCAGAGGCGGAUGGAUUUGCCAGAGGCGAAGCAGUAGUAGCUGUAUACAUCACGACAUUGGAUCGUGCUGUCCAAGAAAACUUGCCCAUCCGAGCCGUCAUUGCUAAUACGGGGGUAAAUUCCAAUGGCAAAAGUGCCAGCAUCCUUCAACCCAACAUGAACGCUCAGGCUGAACUGAUUCGAAGAGUUUAUGCCGACAUCAAUUUGAAGCCCCAUCGCACUGCAUACGUGGAAUGUCAUGGCACCGGGACCCCGACGGGAGAUCCUAUCGAGGUCACGGCCGUUGGCGAGGUUUUCGGUACACAGGGCGUGAUGAUAGGCUCAUUGAAACCCAAUUUUGGCCAUUCGGAGGGCUGUUCGGGCCUCAGCUCUCUUAUCAAAAGUAUCGUCAUGCUCGAGAAAAGCAUGAUCGUCCCCAAUAUCAAAUUCGAAACGCCCAACCCGAAGAUCGACUUUCAAAGAUACAAGCUGCAAGUACCCCAACGACCAGAUCCUUGGCCUCGGAAUCGCGACUUCCGCAUUUCUAUCAAUUCCUUCGGGAUAGGUGGGACCAAUGCUCAUGUUAUUGUCGAGCAUCCCUUCAGCUAUGUUGCUGAAUUUCAAGAGAUACCACGCUCCCCAAAGGAGACACCAAGACUUCUGCUGAUGUCCGCCGCCACAUCGUCUGCUCUCCAUGACAGUAUCCAUAAUGUCCAAGAUUAUGCACAAACCCACCCAGGCGUGCUAUCGGAUUUGGAAUACACACUAAGUCACCACCGAGAACAUCAUCGAUUGAGAACUUUUGCCGUUCAAGGGAACGACCUUGAAUUCCGGGCGGCCCCUGUGUUGAAAAUGCCCCCCAAGGAUCUGAGCAUAACAAUGGUAUUCAGUGGACAAGGAGCGCAGUGGGCACAAAUGGGUCUGGACCUUCUCAAUAACCCAGUUUUCAACAAAUCAAUCGAGGCCAUGGACAGAAUAUUGAAAACAUUGAUACAUCCACCGAAAUGGACCAUCAAACAUCAGUUACAAGCAGAACACGAAGUCAGCAUGAUCAAUGAGGCAGAGAUAUCGCAACCAAUUUGCACCGCGUUGCAGAUUGCAUUGAUUGACAUGUUGGCCUCAGUAGGGGUCAAACCAAAUGCGGUCGUGGGUCAUUCAAGUGGCGAGAUUGCUGCAGCUUAUGCAUCAGGUGCCAUCUCAAAGGAAGAAUCGAUUAUCACUGCCUACUAUCGGGGAUAUAUCCUCAAGAACUAUGGGCCAAAGGGAGCCAUGGCGGCUAUCGGACUCGGUGCCACUCAAACACACGGGCUUCUCAGGCCCGGCGUGAACAUUGCCUGCGAGAACAGCCCAAAUUCUACAACCAUUUCUGGAGAUCGCCAGACGAUAUUGGAAAUUGUUGAACAAAUCACGAAUGAAAACGAAGCCAUAAUGGCUCGGACACUCAAGGUCGAUGUACCCUAUCAUUCACACUAUCUUGACAACCUGGCACCGACGUAUCUGAAUCUACUGAAUCGUGAACUGAAGCACCAGAACCUUGAUCAAAAAAAGCUGUUGACGACCAUGUACUCAAGCGUCAAACCAGAGGAAAGGGUCACAGUUGAGGUUCUAACGCCUGAGUACUGGGUUGCCAACCUGUUGUCGCCAGUGAAAUUCGACUCCGCCAUCAAACAAGCUCUCCGUGCACACAACCAGAGUGUACUUGUAGAGAUUGGUCCACAUUCAACCUUACGUGGGCCUCUUCGCGAAAUAUGUUCCCAUCAGAACAUAAAGUUCCAGUACUGCUCGACACUCAACCGGCAUUCUAGCGGCAUGCACAGUCUUCUGACAGCACUCGGAACUCUUUUUCAGCACGGCAUAGAUAUCAAUUGGGAUAGAAUCAUCCCAAAGCGCUCCGUUCUUACAGACAUUUCACCUUAUCCUUGGAAUCAUUCGAAAAGGUUUUGGUACGAAAGCAGACUCAGUAAAUCAUGGAAAAGUAGACGGUUCGGCCACCACGAACUACUCGGAUUACGUGUAACAUCAACUACAGACAUUGAUCCCGUCUGGCGAGUAAUGUUGAGCGUAGAAGCCGUCCCAUGGCUCGUUGACCACAAAGUGACCGGCGACGUGGUCUAUCCCUUCGCUUGUUAUGCAUCAAUGGCUGGAGAGGCGUUUCGUCAGAUAAGUGGAAUUAAUCAAGGGUUUUCUAUUCGCCACAUGGAAGUUACCACUGCAAUGGUCUUGAACGUCGAAGAGCCAGUAGAAGUUGUAACUUCACUACGUCGCUGCAAAUCAGAAUCAGCGGUCCCCUCGGAGAACACAUUCCAUUUCUCUGUCUCCUCAUAUAGCAUGUCUACAUGGGUAGAGCAUUGCACAGGACAAGUGGGUCCAUCGGACAAUCGGAAAACUCUCCAGCAAUCCAACCACAAAUUGUCACGAAAGGUUGAAAUAAAAGCUUGGUAUGCCGCUCUAGCACGAUUGGGACUCAGCUAUGGCGCGACGUUCCGCAGAGUCCAAGAGCUAUCGACUUCGACAACAAACACAGUUGCUGCCGGAUGCAUCUCGCACCCACCGGACGCCCGGGCCGGAGCAUACACAGUACAUCCCACUGUGAUUGAUGGAAGUCUGCAAAUUGGGUUAGCUGCUCUGACGAAAGGUUUGGUCAGAAACUUUGCGCAAUCACAAAUGCCUACACACAUUGAGAGACUUGAAAUUUUCCAGGGCAGUCCGAUGAUGCAGUGCACAGCCUCGUGUUCUGAGGGAGACUCUGGGGUCUUGAUAUCAGCAUCUGGAAUUGAUGGAAAACCCUGCUUUCUUCUCCAAGGAUUAAGACUCAAAGAAGCCCCUCCCAAUACCGAAAUUGACAAACGUGGUGAUCAUCAUGGCGGCGCGCGUCUCCACUGGGUUCCGGACUGCAGAUUUCAGGAGACAUCUUCCCUCGUUAAAUCACCAGACACCAGUGUGAAGGAUAGGAAAACCAUCGAAGAACUCUCUAUGCUUUGUAUAAUCGACUCAAUUUCACGUGUGAGGGAUAUGACGCCCAACAAAGAUCACUUAUUGAAGUAUCGCGCGUGGUUAGAAUGGGUUGCCGAAGAAGCUUUUGAUGGAAAGCACCCUGUUCUCAGAGACACUGUCCACGUCGCUACUUUAUCCUCCGAAGAGCGGCAAGCUCGCAUUGAGGUAUUAUACAAAUGCGCAUUGGAAUCUUCUACUAUGGCAUCUUUUGCAGAAGGUAUUUUCAGGGUCUACUCUAAUAUUCAAGACCUAUUCACCGGCCAGGUAGAUAUCCUGGAGCUCUUACUACGCGAGAAUACUCUAGGAAAGAUCUACGAUGCAGUCAGCUUCGACUACAGCCGUCUGGUAGAGGCCUACGCGGACCAGAAAUCAGACCUACGAAUUCUUGAAGUUGGAGCGGGUACCGGUGGAUCGACCGAACUUAUCUUGCGCGGACUGCAACCCAUUGGCGAAUUCUCAAGGUACGGGAGAUACACAUUCUCCGACAUAUCAGCUGGAUUCUUCCCUACAGCGCGCGAGAGGUUUGCCAAAGCAACCAAUAUGGACUUUAUGGUGUUUGACAUCUCGAAAGAUCCGCUUGAGCAAGGUUUCAAACACGAUUCUUAUGAUUUGAUCAUAGCCGCAAACGUUGUUCACGCAACGCCUAGCCUUUCACAGACAUUACAGCAUCUGGAGCUGCUGUUGGCACCUGGCGGGAGACUUCUUCUCACAGAAUUCUGCACUUUGUUCCGAGCACCCAACUACAUCUACGGCAACUUCUCUGGGUGGUGGUUGGGAGAUGCAGACAAUCGCCAGUGGGAACCAUACGUGGAUGUCUGUCGAUGGGACGACGAACUCAAAUCUGUUGGUCUAAGUGGAGCUACAGAUGUGAUUCUGGAUGCUGAUGAACCGUCGCAUUACUGUGCUACUAUCAUCUCCCAAAAACCAGUCCCUGCAUCGAGUUCCGGCAACGAAAUUUCGAUCUUAUGCGCAGACAAUAAUUCGCAUGUCAACCAGCGUUUGAUCCAAGAGCUUCGGGAUGAGAAAUAUGAUCCACAAAUAGUCCAAUUCGGCCGAGAGCUACCAGCCAGUGGAGACAUCAUAGUCUUACAUGACUUGGAAUCGAGAUUCUUUGCGGACCUGAGCACGGAGAACUUGCGAUAUUUCCAACGUCUUUGUCGCCUGGAAAGAAAGCCGAAUAUUCUGUGGAUCAUGCCUCCUUUCCAGAUCUCUUGCGUUGAUCCUGAUGGAAGCCAGUCGUUAGGAAUGAUCAGAACAGCGCGCUCCGAGCUUGAUCUUCCUAUUACAACAUUGGAGAUUGACCAAAAUGCGGAAAGAUUUGUGCAUCACGUAAAGGAGGUUUUACGUGAAACGCAAAAGCAACCAGCGUAUGAGAACCUCCAUCCCGAUCGAGAGUAUGCUGUGCAUAAUGAUGCGAUACAUGUUGGUCGAUAUCGCCCGUUCAGCAUAGAACAUGAACCUAGCCUCCAGGAGCCUUUGGUCCUAAACAGCAAUGCCUCUUAUUUGUUGACAGGAGGGCUGGGUGGACUGGGCAGAACUAUUUCUACUUGGCUUGUGGAACAUGGGGCCCGCCAUUUGAUCUACUUAUCACCGAACGCAGGGAAGAAACCAGAAGACAAAGAUCUCUUCAUUGAGCUCAACAGUAUGGGCUGUGAAGUAUUGGUAAUACAAGGCUUUGCACAAAAUGCGACAGACAUCUCACGAGCAAAGGAUGCAGCCAGCUUCCCUAUCCGUGGUGUUUUGCACUUGUCCAUGCAGCUCCGAGACGGACCAGUCUUGGAACUGACACACGAAGACUGGCAGUCAGUGGUAGCACCUAAGGUAGAGGGUGCAUGGAACCUCCAUCGACAACUAUCCGAAUUGGACUUCUUCGUUAUGACCAGCUCGCUCGGCACAGUGUUUCAGCAGGUUGGACAAAGCAAUUACAACGCAGCAAAUACUUUUCUAGAGUCCUUUUGCCAAUAUCGGCAUAGCCUAGGGCUGCCAGCUUCGGUGCUGAAUGUUUGCCCGAUCGAAGAUGUUGGGUAUGUAGCAAUGAACAGCGAAGCACGCCAGAAGCUGCGGUCGCAAGGGCAUUGGUUUUUGGACGAGCGUGCGCUCCUCAAAUUCUUGGAAUUGAGCAUUCGCCAUUCUAGUCGCUCGGAACCCUGGCUGAAUGAAAACCACAAAUCUAGUUCCUGGUCAAACAGCAGUCAGAUUGUUAUGGGCCUUCGAUCGGAAAUACCGCUCGACGACCCAUCGAACCACGCAUCUUGGCGCAUUGAUCGCCGCAUGGGUCUGUACCACAACAUUGUUGGCGAGAAGAAUUCCAUGAACGCAGCGGAACGCGAUGACGUGGGUAGUUUUGUAUCCCGCGCUGCCAAUCUUCCAUCUCUACUGAGAGAUUCAUCGAGCAGUGAGUAUCUAGCUUCGGUGGCCGGGAAGAAGAUCUUCAAUUUCUUGAUGAGAGAAGAGGAAGACGUCGAUGUGACAAUUAGUUUGGCAGACGUUCGCCUGGACUCUUUGAUGGCUAUAGAGUUACGCAGGUGGUAUAAGCAGAUCUUGGGUGUGGAUAUCAGCGUUUUGGAGAUCCUCAGCUCAGGAACAAUUGCUGGUUUGGGUGAGCUUGCUGCAAAGGCUUUGCAGAAAAGAUUUGACGAGACGGGCUAAAGACUCUACAAGAACAGCUGAUAGAUCCUCAAAGGCCUUGCAUGCUGUCAUUACAAAUUAUCUCACAAGGUCGUGACUAUUGGUCCCGCGAUUAGUGGGCAGGAGAAACGAUCACGG